AUGACAGCAGCGAAAAACUCCUUGAUUUUCGAGGGUCUCCAGAUCGUGACUCUGUGUUUAGUAUGGUAUGGUGUGUCAGCCAUAGGCAAUGUUAUUGUCAAAGAACUGUUGAAUGAAUUUCCAUUUCCAUUGACCGUUACUCUUGUUCAACUUUUUAGUGUCUGGAUUUUGAGUAUUCCUCUCCUUCGUCUUUUGAGAGUUCCAGAACCUCAAUAUCUCUACCAAAAUCGAGUUUAUUAUUUAAAACCUUUGGAAAGUACCUGUGUCGUACGCUCAUACAGUCAAAGCAACGAUGCCCUUAUUUACUGUAAUUUUAUCUCGAUUAAUCUUACGUGA